AUGGAACAUCAAAAGGAACAUUUUCGUCAUAUUUUACUUUUUUAUUUCCGCAAAGGGAAAAACGCAUCGCAAGCUCACAAAAAGUUAUGUGCUGUUUAUGUUGAUGACGACCUUAUCAAAGCAAUAAUCGAUUCGGAUCGUCACAGUACAACACGUGAGAUCGCAGAGAAGCUCCAUGUAUCACAUACAUGCAUUGAAAAUCACUUAAAACAGCUUGGCUAUGUUCAAAAACUUGAUACAUGGUUUUUUGCUAAUAAAAACCAGAAGUUUUAUGAACGUGGGAUUAUGAUGCUGCCUGAAAGAUGGCAAAAGGUCAUUGAUAAAAAUGGGCAAUACAUUACAGAAUAA